AUUUUAUUUAGUUUAUAACCGUUCUUUGGCGCCUUAGCACCGUCGAACUGAGUGCUGCGCUUGACCAUUGUUUAUCAAUAGUGUUUCGAUAAGAAAAACAACAGAUGAGUGAAAAGGUGUUACGGAUUCUUCAAGCUUAUCGGUGCGUUGGCGCCAGCCGCCUCUGGCAUGGCUCCACGCAAGAUGCUUAAAGCUGCGGCUCUGCUGAUUACUUUGGGAUACUGCAGCCUACUGGUAUACCAAGGUGGCGUUACUUUUAACUUCCAAGAAAGUCGUGCGGGAUCUGUGCAAGUGUCUGACUUAUCCAUCGAACCAGUCAGGACCACCAUACAAGACAGUGUAAAUAAAAACAUAACUCUAGAUGACAUUUUUAUCAGUGUGAAAACUUCAAAACAUUAUCAGUUCACAAGGCUACCGAUAAUUUUGAAGACAUGGUUCCAGUUGGCGAAAGAACAGACAUGGUUCUUCACGGACACAGAUAACCCACAACACCAACGUCAAACAAACGGACACAUGGUAAACACGAAGUGUUCGGACUCGCAUCAGCGAAAACAUCUAUGCUGUAAAACAUCCGUGGAAUACGACCAUUUCCUUGAGAGUGGUAAAAAGUGGUUCUGCCACUUCGAUGAUGACAACUACGUCAACGUGCCACGUUUGGUCACAGUUCUACAAAGGUACAAUCAUCAAGAAGACUGGUACUUGGGAAGACCGUCUGUCAACAAACCGCUCAGCAUUUACAACAAGCCUGCUGAUAGGCUGAUGUUCUCGUUUUGGUUCGCCACGGGCGGUGCCGGGUUUUGUAUAAGCAGGAGUUUGGCUUUGAAAAUGUUACCUGUUGCGAGUGGGGGUAGAUUCAUCAGUGUGUGUGAAGGCAUUCGGUUACCAGAUGAUGUCACCAUGGGUUUUAUCAUAGAGCACGUAGUCAAGAAGAAUUUGACACUAGUACCAGAGUUUCAUUCUCAUUUAGAACAAAUGAAACUAUUGCCGACAGACACAUUUCGGGAUCAAAUCUCCUUCAGUUAUUCUGGUCCUAGGGAGAAAAUGAACGUCAUCAAUGUACCAGGAUUUGAUACAAGAUAUGACCCUACCAGAUUCCUGUCUCUUCAUUGCUUCCUAUUUCCACAUUUCAAGUUCUGUCCUAGAUAGCAUCAUCAUCAACAUUUUGCAAGGAAAAGGAUCAAAGCUCUAUAAGUCACAUUAAUUUAAAACCAACAUUGAAAUCUUCCAUAGAAUUCGAAAGUGCAAUAAAAGUCCAAUUAUGAAGAUCAGAUAUAUAAAAGAAUAUUUUUUGAAGAUUUUUAUUAAAUAGCUUAGUGUUGUGAUAUUAGUUUUACAAAGAAAAACAUCAUGUAUUGAAAAUUUAAAUUUGUAAAAACUGACUAUGGUGUAAAUGCUUUUAACAAAUUGUAUAUAAAUCUUUAUACAAAUUGUAAUGUCUAUAAGAAAUCUGUGAUAUUAGAAUAUUCUUGUAUGUAGUUAUUAAUAUAAAUGUUGUAUUUAAACGUCUCUACAGUCAAAUGUUAUGACAUUGUUUGUAAAUGUAGUUGUUUAUAAAAUAAACAAUUUUGAAAUAUUUA